CGAGGUGUGGGUAUACGCUUCGUGUCUUGCUACUCUCGCUGCCUCUCCGGCGUUUUUCUACGAGUACAAGAAAGAGUUUCUCGGGAUCUGCGCGACGCGCACGUUGUUCCGAGCGUCGGUGUAACUGCCGCGUGUUCCGGCGAGUAUCGCGAGUGAAUUCGCGAUAUCUGUACAGUGGCGAAAACGAACGAUAGAGAGAAAGGACGGCGAAAGACAGAAAGAGAGAGAGAGAAAGAGAGUGAGUGAGAAGAGGACGGUCGGAGUGCGGCUCGUGAUCGAUCUCAUAGUGUGUACUGAGCGUCAAGGUGUUUUCUUUCCACGGCCACCCCCGUCGCCGAUCUCUAUUAUGUCACCGGCCGCGCGUGCCGGUAGACCGCUCUGAUUCGAGGUACUUGCAAGGCACGCAAUAACGCCCGCCACGAUGCUGCCACAGACACCUGAUAUCAUCCCGACUACGUUGAACCAGCAAAAAUGUGUUAAAGCACGAGCUCUGUAUGACAAUAUCGCCGAGGCGCCUGACGAGCUGGCUUUUCGAAAAGGCGACGUUCUCACCGUAUUGGAACAGAACACUGCUGGUCUUGAAGGAUGGUGGCUGUGCGCUCUGCGAGGUCGACAGGGCAUCUGUCCAGGAAAUCGAUUGAGGCUUCUGGUUGGCCAAUACGAUACGGGGGGUUGUUUAGUCGGCAGCAGGGCCGACCUAACCAUUGCAGAAGAUGGCAUACAGAGACAUGGGAAAAGACGUAGCUGGCACGUACAGCCCAACAGGGUUGUAACGCCGCAGAAGUGUGGGGACGUCUACCUGUACGACCUCCCAGCAAGUCGGGGAAGUCCCGCACCACCCUCCAGACACGAGUCACCCCUCAACUCGACGAACAAUGAGCAUUCGCACAAUACGGGACGAUAUACGAGCAACAAUGUGCGAAGUUCUGUCGACAAUGGGGGCGGCGACGUGAACGAGUGUUACGACGUACCACCACGCGCGAUCCCGGUGAUCCCCUCGCCGGCGAGCAGCCCAAGUCCGGCUCCGUCGUGCUAUGAUAUCCCAAGGCCGCCGACAUCCUGCACACCCAACUCAAAUUGCUCCGGCGGUUCCGGCAUUACACCGCUGGAUUGUUACGACGUGCCGCGACCGUUGCAGCCCCUCACACCCAGCAGCUCGGCCUCCAGCCUCACCAACGACGGCUCCCUCAGCGGAUCGAACAGAUCGAGUUUAGCCGCUCCAGAUUACGAUGUACCGCGACCGCGUCUUCCAGCGUCCUCGUUGCCGUCCCGACACAAUACCCCCAUACCGAAGACCCCGACACCACCGCCACCAUCGCAACAGAUUUACGAUGUACCAGUUAGCAAGGAGCUUCCAUUGGAGUUGGACUCCGCUCUGGAAGGUUUGCAAAGGUUGCAGAGCGAGGCGUCCGCUGCGAUAGCAAGGCUACUGGGCUUUGUGAGCCCCGGUUGGAGAACACCACAGCGAUUGGAUGCCACUCUUAUGGACCUAAGGCUAGCUGCUCUCAGGCUUAGAACGUCUCUUCACGAUCUCGCCGAAUUCGCGGAAGGUACGCUGGGCAAUGCAGGCAAAGCGCCAGAUAAGGGCCUGGCCACGAAAUUACGGCCACUAGUGAAGGCGCUUCGUGAUUCUGACAAGCUCGUACAGGAAGCCGCUACUGAAUUGGACACGAUGGAAUGGGACGCGAGUAAACUCUGUCGUGGAGGUGGUGAUACACCGACACCUACUAACGGACCUCCAUCCUCACUACUCCUACCUGUGCAGUCAGACCCUCUUGAUCAGCUGAUCGCGUGCGCUCGAGCACUCACGGAAGACGUUCGUCAGGUUGCUAGUUUCAUUCAAGGAAAUUCCACGUUGCUCUUCAAGCGAGCGUCUAUCAUCUCCACGGGCAGCAGCAACAAUAGCGGCGCCGGAGAGGAUUAUGACUACGUAAAUCUCGACUCACGAGAGGUUGUAGCGAAGCAACGAGAAGAAUUGCGAGCCGCGCUGCCGCAGGAGCUCCGCAGCAACUACGAUCUGCUGGUGUCCGAGGCGGACAAUGCCACGAUUCAGAUGCCACCCACGACCCCGACGCCCAUGGAUCCCAACGAUAAGCAAUUGUUGGCCUUCUACGUCGCCCAGGUCAUCACGCACGGCGCACACUUGACUCACGCCAUUGACGCCUUUCUGCAAACGGUGGAGCAUAAUCAACCACCCAAGGUUUUCCUAGCUCAUGGCAAGUUCGUCGUGCUGAGUGCGCACCGACUAGUGCAUAUCGGCGAUACGGUGCACCGAAAUGUGACACGCAACGAUGUGCGAACGCGCGUGCUACAAUGCGCGAACGCUCUGAACGAGGCGCUCGGGCAGACGGUGCAGAAGACGAAGCAAGCCGCUCAAUUCUUCCCGAGUGUUACCGCGGUUCAGGAGAUGGUCGACAGCGUCGUCGACGUCUCGCACCUGGCCAAGGAUCUCAAGGUCGCUAUGAUACACGCUGCUCAACAACCCUGAGGAGAAUUGUCACGAUACGGUCGCGAAACCACAAGUUCCUUAAAUUGAGACGCGGUCCACGGUAGAUUCUUCCUCGUUAAUGGAGAAACUUUGAGACUGCGGAAGAUUCAAACGCGUAACGCAUUUUUGAAUUUAUCUCGCGAUUAGAAUUGAUAUACCGAUCGCGUUGAUAAUUUGAAAAUAA